CUGAGUUUGGAGCACUCAUACGUGCAACACGUGUGCGGGCUUGGUGAUCGCACUCGAAUACAAUUGACCCGCAGGGUGCUUGAUCUGGAGGUUAUCCAAAGGCAAGGACUCUUGAGUGAUAUAAGUGACGCGUAAGUUGGCAGUGCUCUUUCUAAAUUAUAAACCAUGGUGUGCUCACACGACUGCCCGUACCUCUAAGAGAAUGGAGAUGAGAAUAUAGGGUGCUGCUAUCACCGCUACUCAGAAACAAGCCCGUUUCACUGCAUUAGGAGGUGGCCUUCGACUCGAAGAUACCCGUGGUGACGCCUCACCACCUCACUAUGCUAGGGACAUGCUCGCAGUAUCCUCGCGCAGGAUUACAACGCUGACCCUCUAGCCUGGUGUUGUACUUUGAAGAGAGCUUGUUCCUGCCUUCUGAGAGACAGCGGAGAUGGCAACAAUCGGGGAAGGGACACCGCUGCUGGUACACGAGAACGACGUCGACGUGCGACUACAAGUGCUUCCCGGGUAUCUGAGAGAGUGUUGUUGUUGCACCACACACGUCAGACGGUGUGAGCAUGUAACAGGUCUCGAAUGGCUAUUCUUCGGUGUGUCGCUAGUGGCCAUCAUGGUUUCUCUGGGCUUCACCUGUACGGACUUGUCUCAAUUUCCGAAUGAGUCGGACGACUACAUCCUAGGAUGGGUGAUCCUCUUCAUAACGGUUAUGAGCAUCCCCUACAUUGGCUACGGUGUCAUCGCCAAGGCAUCUCUUGCGGACUUCAUUGCCUAUUCCUUGAACAUGGCUGUGCUGUUUACUUACUCCUUUAUCAGCUACUACUACAACGAGACUGACCCCGAGAACCUGGGCCGUCUAGCAGCUGUGGUCGUCUUGUGGUUUAUGUCCUUUGUUGUCGGGAUUUGGGCUAUGUGCAAGCAUACACCGUGGCAGAGGUUCACCUUCCACCUAAGUAGCCGCGAAGACGAUGGGGUCAAGCUUAUGAUUUGCUCUGUAUGCAAAAGUAUCAUCAUGGUUGUUGUGCAAUGCCAGGUAGGCAGCCUUCAUUUCACAAAAUAGAGUCACUAAAUAGGGAGCAUAGUAGCAGCACUGAGCCACGCCGGCGAGCGAGACCGCCAUGUUGGGUCCGGCGUGGCUGCGUCGCCUAGCAAUGGCACUCCAAUCUCCC